AUGGAAACGCAGAUCUCGACCCUCGACCGCGAGCGGAUGUUUACGGCGUCGAACGACAUGGACCCGACCGAGGCCUACCAGGUGGUGAAAGCGGCCCGAGACGACUUAUUUAUGGCCUGGGUCAGCGCUGCAGCCGCCUACACUGGCGGACGAUGGAUCUCCACGCGCCUUACACCGCGGCGGCGCUGGCCGACACUCCCCAUCGCCGCCACCACGCGUACGAUCGACUGUUUACGGCUAUCACGGCCGGCUAACGCAACCCCAUCAUCACUCUACCCGCGGGUCGACGAGGUGGAAUACGUCCCUCGACUGAACCGGUUCCGUAGCGCUCGUACGGAGGAGUGGAUUAACGAAGUGUCGACGUGGGUGGAACACCUCAGUAGCGGCAUGAUCGUGGAUCCCGAGUCUGGCCUCCUGUACCGCCCGGACGACGACACGUGGUGGGACAAGACGACGCUGGAAGACAUGCGGCGGCGAUGUGGCCUCCCCCUACGCGCGGCCCUCGAGGACGAGGUCGCCUUAGGUAGCGCGGACGACGACACCGACCACACUAACGAUGACAACCCUAACGACCUCGAAGAUGGCGAGAUCCGCGAGCAGGAGGGCGAGAGCGGCGGGACGGCCAUAGACCCCCGCGGGCCGACUAACGCCACGACCUAG